CCGCCACCGAAUGAUUCUCUCGAUUGCACCCUACGUUAUUCCAGUUCAUUCUAUCCGGGCCAGUCUAUGGUAAAUACUUAAAACAAACGAUCGCCAGGCCAACCCGUUGUAGACAACAUGACCACUUGGACCAUUCGUCACCCUUGGUUAGACUCGUCCGCUUUCAAGCGCAGGAUGCCCGAUGAUGAAGGUGACUUGGAUGAACAUUACCUGCUGUACGGUGGUCCUGCCAGUUCCCCCUUCAAGCGGAGGAAAUGCCACUCCCUGGAGCAUGGCUUCGCUUGUUUGACGCUCAACCAGACUGCUUCGCCCAGUUUCCCUUCGGCGACUAGCGCCGAGCAAUACAUGUCAUGGGCUGGACUCGACGCCGCGACUGUAUUCGAUGUCGAGAACAAGCCAAUGCAUCUGGCGUGGUCAGUUCAAGACGUAGUUCUACCAGGCUCAAUCGAAGAGCCCCCGUCACCCGACACUGACGUGGAGAUGGAUGUUGUGGACGACCCGCCCUGUGAUGCUUCCCGCCCGGGUCCGACCAUCUGCCAAGAGCCUACGAUAGAAGUCAAGGAAAUUGAAAUCCCCUCUGCUGUCCUCGAACACUGGAAACAACAGGCAAAGUCUUCAUCGAUCAUCCCUAUUACCUCGCCAGGGACGAGCGUGGCAUCAUCUCAGGCGCUCGUGCUCUUUCGGCCGCUACGGCCACCGUCGCCAAAUCAAAAUUCUGAAGAGAGAGCUAGAACAGCACCCGCAACGUCCUCUGCACUAGUACAAAAGAUGGAUGUGCAGGAAUAGACCUGCAAAGUUACUGUACUAGCAAUUUCUUGUCUUGGUAUACAUUCAGGUUUCUUAUGUCAUAGCUCAAACGUCCAUCUACGUCAUACAAACCGC